AUGCGAAACUUUCUUCGACGGCAGAGAGACACAUACCGAGAGGUCCCCUGCAUCACGACACAGAAACGCAUUGCUGUCCCCAUAUUCGAGCAUGCUCGCGAAACCGACAUCCUAGCUGACUCAAUUCUAUCAGCUGGCGUGGCUCUUGCGUCUGGCCCAUUCUUCGAUCACCUGCACCGCGCUCCGACCGAUGUCGUCCUAUCAGACGGCCUAGCAAGAGCAGACUGGAGAGUGCAAGAGCCCUGGCUUCAUAUCAAAAGUACUAAGCCUGCAUCGCGGUGGAGCCGCUUCCGGGCACGGUGGAUGAAUCGAGCAGGCGAGAAUCUGGACUUUGAUAUGACACUGGAGGGUCAGCCAAUCAUGGCAUUAUCUGGGUCUUCGAGAAAGGUCUUGGAACCGUACUCUGACGGAGCUCGCCGAAUCGGCUCAGAAGUUUCGGAGCUGAAUAACUCGGAAAUUGCGAUAUUGAGAAAUCCUGACGAUUUUCGGGUGCCACUCGAUGCAGUUCAUUUCGAUACCCCGAUGCAAAUCGACGCAGUUCCUGAAGAUUUUCCGACGUUGCCAUCUUCGAUCAAACGAGAGGAUCCACCAAGCCCCCCGAGAAUAUAUCGGUCAAUUACUGAACAUCCUACAAGUUCAUCCGAUGGUGAUAAUUCGCAAUGGUGUCUGGAUCCAGAGUCGCUGACGAGUUCGGGGAAACUAGCGGAAGACUUGGAUGGUCUGAACAAGCGUUUUUUGGAUCUGGCAAUCCUGAGGCCUAACUCUGGGCUCCUCGUGAGAUCUAAUUCAGAGCCUUGCUUCCGAGAAUCGCAACAUCAAACAACGUAUUGGCAACAUAACUCGUCUACGCCGCAGGACCAGCCCAAAAAUUCAUCGUCAAAGUCGACAUCUAACUCGUCUUCUUCUUUUUCUUCUUCGGUACCGACUACUUUGUCCGGUGGCACUUCGAGUGGUAGCAAGCGGCAGCGAGAUGAUCCUGGCGAACAAAGCGAGCGGCAAGGUGCCCAGACAUACCGGAAAUUCAAGGCUUGUGAGGGCCACUUUGAAAAUAUGAACAGACUGUAUCGGCAGUCAAUGCCCAUGCGACAGCUCUCCGGCGUACAGGAAUCUGCACAGAGGCAGACAAAUGGAGGUUCGGGUAUCGCUGGCUAUUUCAUAAGACCAGUUCAGAGAACGUACCGAGCCCCUAUCCUGAAGCCGCUGUGA